AGGAAUCAUCUUAUAAUUCUUAAUUCAAUCAUUUAAACGUUCCUUUGGAAAUAAUAAUUUUGAGGUUUUGAUGUAUUAUGAAAACGUGACAACAAACAGUGAUCAAUGAUACAUCAUGGAAGUAUCUCUAGAAAGGUUAGAUUCUUUACGUCUUCAGAGCAGUGAAUAUCGCAAUUACAAUCGAAAUUCUGUUUUGAAUAUAUAUGUACUGGAAUCGGAUAUAUUCAUAAAGGUUUGCGUUUUUGUAGAAUGUGAAGCAGGAACAACAGGUCCAAACUGUAGUGAAACAUGUGUUGAUGGAUAUUACGGCAAACGUUGUAGGAAAAAGUGUUCUAUAGAUUGCACAGGAAUUUGCAACAAGAUCAACGGAAGUUGCACAGGUCGUUUCAAUGUCAAUACACAAUCAUUUGAUGUAUCAGUGACUACAAAUGGCACACCACAAACAGAUCUACAUAACAUCGAGAAUUUUCUGAAGGCUAGAUUGUGGAUUAUUGCUGGAGUAUCCUCUGUCCUCGUUAUUCUUACCUGUGGGUGUAUCGGAGUCUUCUUCUUCUGUAAAACAUGCAAAUAUGUUGGAAAGAAAAGACGAACGCUUGCUCGACAUCCAAACCAGGACACACAGCCAUCUGUGCGGUAUGAGAGUGAUAGAGACAUGCAGGACUUCUCCGCUAACAUUACCCGACCUUCACGGACCAAUGAUAAUGGAUCUGCUAAUGGAUCAGCCAAUACACAUGUACCCAAGACACCUAACGUUGAAAACAGUAAGCCUAAAACAAAGAAACGAUACAGCCUGGUCCGAAAAGUCACUGUGUCCCAGGAAGUGACGUCAUGUUCUAACAUGUCUGAGGAAGACGAUGAUGUGUUCGACAGUGAUGAGUGUGAUGAUUAUACAAAUACUUGUGGCGGCGUACAGAUCUCAGAGCUCCCAUCAAAGCAGUCCUCCUUUAACACGUUUCUGUCUCCAUACGAUAACUCACAGUCAGGGAAUGAUGACAACACAGAGUAUGGGAAAUUAUGGAGAUGACAGCAAUAACACAUCUUCUUGUGUACGGAAAUAUACAUGAUAUUUCCUUUGAUUAUACUGUAAUCAUUUCAGCGGGAUUCAAAUUUUAGCUACUUUAGAGGUGAUAUCUUUCAGAAUAGCUGUAUUUAUCUUUUCUUACACAGACAAAUCGCUGAAUCAUGAUUAUGCCAAUUAGUCCAACAGCUCCUACUGAUACCCUAAAAUAAGUAGACGAACAGGAAAUGGCAGCAAUUCUUCAUAAACAGCAACAAAAAAUAUGUUUGUCUUACAGAAUAAGGCAGUGAAUUCCAUUGGUCGAGGGCUUAUCACGUGAAGGAGACAACUCGUGAUACCCCCAUACAUGUAACUGUGUUUCUCCUUGUAGACGAUACAGUUUUGAUAGCGCAAAGGAGAUAACUAGCACUCUCAUGAUAUGCAGGGCCAUUUAAUAGUGACGUCAAUGUCAACAUUAACGACCACAAAUAACCCUGUUGCGAAGAUAGAUAUGCUUUGUUUAACAUAUACAUCUAAUAAAUGUAUAACAUUAAGAUUUAAAAAAAUAGUACAUGUAGUUGGGACAACAUUGAUAACACCGAUUGAAAACCAGUGAAAAUUUAUUUAAAUUUUUCUGCAGAAUUUUGCCGAUUUUGUUGACGUUUUAACUAAUAAAUCAAAUCAAUAAA